GCGCAGCGAUGGAGGGAGUCCAAUGAUGGAGAGAGAUUACUCAGUGAUGGAGAGAGAUUACUUAGUGAUGGAGAGAGAUGGAGAGUGAUCAGUCAGCGAUGGAAGGAGAUGGCGCGACGAUGGAGAGAGAUGGCGCGAAGAUGGAGAGACAAGGCGCGAAGAUGGACAGACAUCGUGCAGCGAUGGAGAAGAGAUCGCGCAGGAGCGAUGGAGAUGGAUGGCGCACGAAGUUGAGGGUUCGUGAAGGAGAAAGAUGGUGCAGCGAUGAAAACAGAUGCUGCAGCGAUAGAGAUAGAUGGUGCAGCGAUGGAGAGAGAUGGCGCAUGACAUGGCCCAACGAAUCAGUGAUGGAGCGAGAUGGCGCACCGAUGGAGAGAGAUGAACAAAGAUGGUACACAGAUGGAGAGCGAUGGCGCACCGAUGGAGAGAGAUGGCGCAACGAUGAGAAAGAUGGCGCAGCGAUGGAACGGAUAACAAUGGGCAGCGCUGCGAUGGCAAUGAUAGCGUUGGUCAGCGCUGCGAUGGGAGCGAAAACGAUUGUCAGCGCUGCGAUGGGGAAUGCGACGAAGGCCGCUCGCCAUUUCACACAGCCCAAGUACUGCAAGAUUACGGGGAUGAGAGUUCUCGCGGAUAUCUGGAACAACACGGGGAACACGUUCGUGGACAAGACUGCUCAGCGGGUCCAGAGGUGGAUGGCAGACGAGGGAAUUCGGGAUACGAGAUCGACCACGGGUGGGCAGCGGCCACGGGCAGACGAGGCAGAGAGGGACGACAUGCAGGACUUCCUCGAUGCGCAGGAGGGGGGCGAGGGCGGGGUCGUCGAGGCGGGGAUUCGAGACGAGGCAGCUGGACGCUGCGAGCCCGAUCUGCUUGGGGAGGAGGUAGUGAUGACAUCGAGAGCGGAUGGCCCGGCGGGACGCGGUGCGAGGGCGUCACGACCUGAGUUGGAGCGCGCUAGGAGGGAGAAGAGGAAAGUGGGGGAGGAGGACGUUGACGUGCGGGACACGGCAAGAGAGAAGAGGGCACGUCAGACGACGAUCGACGAGCUGCAGUGGAUCUACACGAAGGGGUUGCCGUUCAACGCCUUCAGAGGGCCGGAGUUCCAAAGGGUGCGUCACGCGGCGGAGAGAGUCCCCCGCAACGUUCGCUUCCAGUUUCCCUCCUAUAGGGUUGCAGCGGGCGCCGGGAUCCCUUCGCAGAGGGGGAAGAUGGCGACGAUGGUGACCGAGGUGCGGGCCGCUUUUCGGCACACCGGGGCCACCAUCCUCUCCGACGGAAGGAAGUCGCAUAGCGGCAAGACGAUCGUGAACUUCCUGGCCGGGGGCGCCAACGGCGCCCUGCUAUAUGCGACCGUCGCACGUGACGGGUCAGUCGCUGACACUGCAUAUGUCGUGUAUCGCAGGUGGCGGGCCAUCAUCUUGUUCUUUCCUGCAAAGGACGUGAUCGGCUUCCGCACGGACUCCACCAAUAACUAUACGGCGGCGGCCCGCAGAUUCGCCACCGACCCCGACGCAGACAUCAGGAGGAUCACUUGGCUGCCCUACUCCACCCACGUCUACAACUUAAUGUUGUCAGACUUCGGGACGCGAGUGGGGUGGGUCAAGGAGACCAUCAUCCGUGCCCGAGCGUUAGUGCGAUUUAUUAAAUCGCACGGCGCUGCGUUCGCCCUUUUUAGGAGGAUGAGCCCUCAUGUCACGCUGGUUGAGCCCGUUGAGACCCAGUUUGCAUCAGUUUUCUUGAUGCUGACGUGUCUCAAAGGCCGGCGGGACGUGUUAGAGAGCAUGCUGCACGGCGACGCGUGGGCUGGCAUCCUGUGGGAGCGCAGGCUUGUCUUCCAGGCACAGUGGGUUCAGCAGCAGAUCCGCGACGGCGAGUUCUGGCGAUGCGUUAACUGUGCCAUCUGCGUUAUGUACAGUGCCGUACCCAGCCGGUGGUCGUCGUUGACGACAACCACGUAUCGACGAGCACGUGGAGGAGUAGGAGCCACUCCGAGGCCUUCGGCAAACGGGCAGACGUUGGGAGGUCAGGAGGGACAGCGAGCCGGAGGAGGCGGAGGAGGAGGAGGAGGUGCGCCUUCGGGAUCGGCGGGGGGCGGCGGUGACGGAGGCGAUGUUGGUUUUGGUGGGGAGACUCUUGCGGGGGCGGCCCGACAGGGUGUCCCCACGGGUGUUGAGGGAGAUGGUGUCGCCGUGGGUGGUGGGGGGGAGGGUGGCGGCGAGGACGAGGAGGGGUCCGACCACGGAGACGACCACGGCGGUGACGGCGACGACGGCGGCGACGGCAACGACGGCGGCGACGACGGCGGCCACGGCGUCGACGGUGGCGACUUUGGCGACCACAGUGACGACGGCGGCGACGGUGGUGGAGAGAGAGAGAGAGAGGGUUGGCUGGCUUUGGUGUUGAGGGACCCGUCUGUGCCUUCACUACCUCUCCCACAGCUAGAGGCCUUCGUGCAGGCUUGUUUUGAUGCCGACGAUUUGGCGCGACUCGGCUCACAUGACCCUUUCCCCCACACGGGCCGCAGGAGCGUGGAGAGGCGCCCUCCUGGAGGGGCGUAUUCGCCCCCGGCGGCCUACAUCGUGGAUAUCCCUAGAUGGUCAGGUUCGUCGCUCAGCGGCAUUAGAGGGAGGGAGUCCGGGCCGGUUGGUGGCGGGUCGGGCCGCCGCAGUGACGGCGGCGGAUCUGUCGGAUCAAUGCGUCCGCCACCCGCACGGAGCACGGAGGGUGGCGCCGACGCGAGUAUGGCCCGUGCGCCCGUUGCCGGUUCCCCGCCGCCUGUCGCAGGUGGUGUUGCCGGCAAACGGGCAGCUCAUCGCCGGGUCUCGGACCAGAUGAGAGCGGAUUACGACGCCGGGAGGGGCGCCUUCGCAAGACGUUUGUCACCUCAGUUUCAGGUUGCGGGCAGCAGCGAGGGUGGCUCCGGACGUCCAAGUCUUCACAUGGCAGGCCGCAUGCUGGGUUUGUCUCGAUCAGCGAUGAGGAGAGUUUUGAUCCCACCGCCGAUUCCGGCCCGAGGGACAGCUGCGGACAUGCAGCAGGGUCAACACUACACAUCCGGCGAGGAGGGGUUGCUGAUGCGGAGUGGGACUAGACGACACAGCGCCGUCACGGAGGUUCAGGCUCGACUCGCAGUAGAGAUCGCCGCCAGCCAGGCUUCAUUGGACGCGAUUCAGAGGCAUCGACAGACGAUUGCUGCAGCGGGGGCCGAGGACGAGGACGCAGACACAGAGUCCGAGUCGAUUGAUAGUGCAGUCCGCAGACAUAGAGCGGCCAUGUCCACGACAGCCGCGGCAGUACAGGCGGCAUACAUUAGCGGUGCGCAGGGCACAGGUGGUGGAUGGGGCCGGGGAGGAGCGCGUGGUCGACAGUCCACCGGGAGAGGCCGCGGGCGUCCUUCCGGAGGGUACGGCUCGAAUAUGCUACUUUGCCGUCACAUCAAAGGGCUUUACGAUGGCAACAGCAGGCGUCUUCCACCGCCAGUGGAAUAUCUCGAUCUCGCGCUGAAGGUGCCGAAAGACCAUCCGGUUCUUCCGCGAGAAUAUGUUUUUCGGCUUCUGACUGCCCAUGAGGGGUCGUCCAGCUUGGCUCAAGAAACCCCUGUGACGCUAGUGGGGCACGGGAGUGUGAUUAACAGCAGUGGGGGUUUGGGCAAGGGGCACGCACGCAACAUUCAGACGGAGGUCGGCCCGGAGGCUCUUGGAAACACGACUGGCUUGCAUUCUCCACAUGCAGGGACUCACUGGGUCGGUACUCCGAAAACCCUCAAGGUCGUCUGCGAGGGCGACACGUAUUCGAUUCGAGAUGAGAAGAGAAGAGAAGCGGGCAGAUCAGGGCAAGAGGUUGGAGGGAAUGAGGCUGAAGGGAUGGGCGCUGUGCGCGACAACUCAGGCGGGGAGCCAACUUCUUCGGAGAAUAAGCGCGAGCGACAGAAGACGGUGCGAGAAGAGGUGGCGGAACAAACACGACGCAUGAAGAGGAUGAAAGGACACUCGAAGCCAAUGAUUGGCGGGGAUGAAGGUGACGUCGGAGAACGUGCCUCGGGAGAGAGGUCGCCAGGGAUGCGUGGCGGACAAGAACAAGGAGUGAAAAAGAGGCAGUCGAAGGAAGAGGGUGCAACAACAACUAAGAAAGCGAGGAGGCCCAACGGUUUGACCAUCCACGAAGAACAAGCUAUGGGUAAAGGAGAUUCGGCUCGUCUAGGCAUUGCCGCCGCGAGAGAACCUUCAGACAAAUCCAAAAGGAAACUGGCAUCUGAAGAAGGCGAUGGCCAGAAGAAACCUCGGAGGAGGAAGACUGCUGAGGGGACGACUGGUAGCGAAAGGGCGGUCGGCAGGCAGUACAAUGAAGCGGCAACGUUUAAUCUCGAAUACGAGCGGAACGAUGACGGUGAGAUCGUGGAGAAGGAUCUCUCCAUUCAACUGUUCAUCGACCCCAGGAGGGUCUGCGACAUCCCGCCGUGGGAAAGAUAUUACAAUCACCGCAGUUUCACUCGCGAUGGUGUGUUGGACAUCAAGGGUGCGAUGGUGAGGCAGUUCCACGAGGAAAAAGGGAAGAUUUGGACGAAAAACCCUUUGGUUCUGGCACCCAUCUACAAGUCGGUGAUGCAUAAGCCGGAGAGAGCUAAGAGGGUUCACAAGGAUGUUUUCAAGCCAGAGGACAAGGACAAGUACUUCUAUUACCCUGUCAACGGACAGUACACCGUGGCUGCUGUGAAGGAGUUGGCCAAUGAGGCGAUAUUCGAAUUGUGGAAGAUGCACUCGUGGCCGGCGAGAGUCGUGUGGUUCUCCGACGAAGACUUUGGGGGCUAUUUGCAGAUGCCGCUCGUGACGGCCGAUGAUGACGUUUUCCACAAAGACAUAAAGUUCUACGACAAAUGGGCCGAGAGAGAGUUGUUGGGCGGAAACGGGAAGACGCCUUUGUCUAAGCCGGACAAAUACAUGCCAGACAAAUCUCUGGGUUUUCAAGCGAUUCCAGAAAUGGGCUCGAAAGGAGCGGCUGGUGAAACGAAGAUGGGGUCGCUGGUCCAAGUUCCGCCGCCUCCGACCAAAAACAAAACGCAGGCGGGCGACAAGUUCUUCGUCGUCGUGAAAGAUUCAGACAUGUUCUGUUGGCAGUGUCUCGCUGACAUGACCGAUGCCGAAAAACUGUCGAUUCUCGACGACAUUCGCGCGCUGAGGGGAGUGUUCGUGCAAUCGACGGGCGGGAGUCCGAAACGCCAACAGAAGCCUGGAAUUAAAGACAUGGUAGCGACGAGGAAAGUGAACCGCAUGAUGCUCCGCAUGUUUCACUACAUCUUGUUUCUUGAAUCGGAGGAGGACGCAGAGGUUUGGCGCUACGGGAGCCCUUUGUUUCGGACCCAGGGGCAGCUUCUGGCGGAGUUCGGGCCGCAGGGCCUCACGAAGCAGGUGUGGGUCGAACUGCGGAAGCAUUUCCAAGGCGCGGUGGAGUACGUGAACACUUGCAAACGUACUCUUCCGUACGAGAAGGAGUCCCUCGACGAAACGAAGAGAAUGUACGAUGAUGACAGGUUCCCUAAAUCUUUCGAGAAGUCCGUGCGUUCCAUCUUGCGACUAACGGAGGAAGAAGUCCAAGACACGAUCAGGGUCAGCGAGGAUAUGAGGCACAUCAAAUGGCACAAGCUCAACCAGGUGACCAGCCUUAUUCCUUUCGGUUGUCCUCCUUCCCAAGCUCACAGUCGUCUCACUGAGAUCUGCGAGAUUGUGCGAUAUUACGUAUGCAACUUGUACGUCCUCGAUUUGUGUGAUCCCACACUCCUCUCAGACUGGCAAGAAGACGAUUUCGCCUCCUUGCAAGACAGGAACCUGGUGUUCGGUGUGCUGAAUGGUUACCACGAUGCGCCCAGGAAGUCUGUCUCAAAUUUCCUCAAAAGGCUGGAGCACGUUUUCUUCUUGAUGGCCAAACCACUGACCCUCGAAAACUUCAAGGCGCAGUUCAACGAGGAGGACACUUUCGACGCUGAGGACAUGGAGGAGAUGAGCGACUCCGAAACCUUCCAUUUCGAGUCCAUGCCACUUCCUCGGGUGGUUGCACAGGUUGGUGACGAAGGGAAGGUUGUUCCUCGGAGAUAUAGCACGUCCCCCGCCGGCUUGAAGCGUGUGUUUGAGCGCGAAACAGUCGAGGACCAAUCUUCUGAUGAUGGGGAAGAAGAGAUAGACUAUGAUUACGAACCUAGUAACAAGCUCGCUAGGGACCAUGAUACCUGGGAGAAUGAAAGACUCUUCUUCUACAGGAAGCAUCACCGGUUCACGCCGGAGGAUGUCUGGGGCCACAACAUCGUCUGGCACCCCAGGAAAUUCCAACCUGCUGUAAAGACUGGAAAGUGGGUCAUGGCAAUGAAGGAAGCUGAUGGCAAGUGGAGUAGCAUGAACAGACUGGGAGCGGGUCCAUUUAAGAGAAGGGCGAGAGACGCUCUGGUGGAGCAUUUGACGGUUAUGAACCCCGACAGCAGACUGCCGGACGUCAAUGCGUAUGCAGGCCAAAAGCUAGAUGAGUUGUACGUCAACAACAUGUUGGAGUUUCGAGCGCAUUUCUAUGCACAAGAGACGGCACCGUCUCGUGUCAUUGACUGGCGCAUGCCGCAACCUCCGUCGGGUGGUCAGCAUCCGGGAGGCGGUGGAGGAGGGGACGAAGGAGACGGCGGAGGUGACGGAGCAUACGACUCAGGAUCUCAUGGAGGUGGUGACGGAGGAGACGGCUCAGGAUCUGUUGGACGAGGUGAGGGAGGGGACGGCUCACGAUCUGCCGGAAAGGGGUCACGCGGGAAGGGGUUGGGCGGAAAGGGGUCGGGUGGAAAGGGGUCGGGCGGAAAGGGGUCGGCCGGGAAGGGGUCGGGCGGAAAGGGGUCGGGCGGAAAGCGUAGAGCGUUCAGGAGUCGCGAGUCUAUGGAUACUGAUAGCCACUAUGUAGGGAGUCGAGAUUCCGAUAUGCGAGACGAGGCCGCCCUGAAGUCUUAUCAACUACGAGUAGAUUCGCACUUGUCUGCGAGGACUUUGUUUCCUGAUGUCGAGGAAAGUUCGUCCCACCGUACGGAGCCGACGUCUCCUGUGCACAACACCUUGCUCCUACCCCUCUUGGAAGAGGGCGAACGUCUGCAGCAUAUGGCAGCAUCUCCUGAGCGGCAAAACCAUUCCUAGGCAGGAACUGCGUCUUUGUUUUGCCUGGAGGCCGGGAUGCUUGCAUUGCGAAGGAGCGAAAGUGAGACCGUCAGUUCCCUCGGCUCCAGCGAGCGCCUCAAACUC